AUGUAUUCAAAUGACUUUUCAGCUUGCUUACCAAUACUUGAAAAACAUAACUGUGAAUAUGAAGUUUUAGCAGAAGAUAAGGAAUUCAGAGGUUUAUUUUUCCAAAAUGAGGACAUGAAAAGAAAUUUUGAAGCAUACCCUGAAAUUGUCCUUCUAGAUGGUACCUAUAAAUUAUUAAAUUUUAAUGGUGUGGUUUAUUUAUUUAUUGUUGAAGACUCGAUUGGUAGUUCUGAAAUAAUUGCAGUUGGAAUAUUAGUUGGUGAAAUUAAGGAGUACGUAAAUUGGUUGAUUUCCACAUUCAAAAGCAUUUCUUAUGCUUCAACGCAUUUCUUAUGCUAA